UAGGACAAUUAAAACAAAAGUGAUAUACAAAAAGGAAAAGAUGCCAGGGAAUCAGCAGGACAUCAUGAAUGUUCUGUUUGAGGCGCGUCGCAUGCGCCACACUAGCAACACCUCCAUUUACUCCGCGCCCAAAGUUGAGCAGGUCAAAAAGAUGUCAUCCAAGGAGCAGCUGCUGGUCGAGCCGCCGAAGCAUGCCAAGCGUGUGACCUUUGACAAGAAGCGCGAGCACAUCAAGCCGCGCCAUACCACAGUCAAGGAGAGCGAGAUGCAAACGGGCCUCACCUCUUGCCUGAUAACAAAUCCCUCGUGCGAUCCACGCGUCACCGGAGGUGCCAACAAUCCGGCGGAGCGUAAAGUUGGCUGGCUGGCCCGCACGGACAGCGAAUGCCAGUUCAAGGCACCGGGAAUUGAUUUUCUAACAGGACGAGAAACCGAUGUGACCACAUUCGAGGUGAAGAUGCGCGAGUCGUUGCCGGUUAUCAAGGAUUACACCAACAAAUGCGAUUUCUUUCCCAAAUAUGUGGACGAACGGCGCUAUAAAGAUCAAACCACACAAACCCUUUACAGGGAGUCCUCGGCACAGACUGUGGCCUAUUUACCCGACAUUAUGGACAAAGAGGACGGUGAGACCCUAGAGGUCUUCAAUUUGUCCAGACUGCUGCCCGGUGAUAAGCCACCUGGUCUGUACGAGGUGGAGGUCUUGGAACGCGCCCGCAAACGCUGGGCCUUCAACAAAGCGCUGAAGACGAACUUCAGGAAGCAACUGAAUGAGGAGCGCGAGAAAGCGAUGAAGAGCAAAUAUCGUCCCAUACUCGAGGCCUUCGAGUGGGAGCACUGGAUGGAGCGGGAGGAGUACAUACAAGAGUGCCAGAUGAUGCGACUGGAGAUAGUCAUACGCAUGUUCGACAAGCGCGAGAAGCAGAUGCACGAGGCGUCCAAGACGCGCAUCGAGAAGGCCUGCGAGUAUAUCGAGGAGAAGCGUCAGCGUGGCCUCAACAAGAAUGAGCUUGAGUAUCAGCGGGCAUUUCGCCGUCUACAGAUUAAGAAUGCCGGCAUCUCGAGGCGCUGGGUCAAACAGAGUCCUAUGUAUGCAUUGGGUACGCCUUGCUCCGAGUUCUAUGGACCCCUCAUCCGUCACGGCGUCGAUCCAGCUCGGCGCAAUUUCGUGGGCGAUGGCCGCAAGGCGUUCGAUAUGCGCAUCGACGACCUGGAGAAGCGUGUCAAUAUGAAUCAACUGCAAUGCCGCUUUACCAAGCUGAAGGAGUGGUCCAAGCCCAAGGAGUAUGUCAAGGAGUACGAGCAGAACUUCUGCUCCGACAAGCAUCUACAGAAGCUCUACGAAUCGCUUAAGACCCUACGCUCCCAGGCAACCAAGCAGAAGACAGCACCCAAGUGCCUCGUUCGACGACCUAAGCCUCAAUCCAACGAAUUUCGUCCCUCGUUCAACUACAAGGAAGUGGAUCUCCGCGACUUCUUUGCCCCUCGCCGCUCAGAUGAUGACGAAUCAAAACAUGAGCUCACCCAAGAACAGUUGCUGGCCAUCCAGCAGCAUUUGGAGAAUGAGAAGCGUAUGUCUCGCCGUCCGGAGCUGGCUAAAGAGAUGCUUAAAGAGCGACGCAGUGAGGAUCUGGAGCAUUUGCUACAAAUGUAUGAGGGCAGCACCAUUGGCUGGAUAAUGCAAUUCCUAUCCGAGGAAAUGGAACGUCUCAAGGAGCAGCGUAAACUCCACUUCUUCUCCAUAUUAACGCAGAAGGAGCGCUGGCGCCGUGAGGCUGUCGAAGCGGGUCUACGUCAAAAGGAGAACAAUAUGCGUGCCAUCUACGAGGACCUGUACCAGUCGACCAAUGCGGUGCAUAGUGAAGUGACCGAUGACUAUAUCAAUACGAUCCUAACAACCGACGUGGCUCACAUUGCCGAAUGCGAAGCUGAGGAGUCGGUGGUGAAAAUUGCCAAACAGGUCGAUAAGGAUAUUCAACGCUGGCUGGAUAGCUUCAAGCUCAUCCAAACGCCAAUGACCUAUGUGCCACUUCGUCUGAUGCUCGGCAAGAUGGUCUUCCCGGAGAUGAGUGAAAUACUCGAGAAAUAUGAAAAGUCUCUGAUAGCCAAGUACAUUGUGGAAGAUGUGAUCUUCGCAGGCAUUUGGGAAAAGCUAGAAAACUAUGAUAUUGCCUUCACUAUAGCUAGCGAUUUGAUUGAUCGCCUGAUUGACAACGAUCUGUACUUGUUCUCAACCGAAAGCGAAAGCGAGUCACCUAAACGAAAUGAGGUAGAGGCCAUCAUACGAAAACUCAUACGCCAGGCCGUACCUGGUCGACGCUGGAAGACCGAAACCGAGCGUAUUGUCCAUGAGAACUAUGUCAGUCUCUUGGACGAUAUAUUCGAUGCAAUUAUAGCUAAAUACAAUGAAGAGCCUCCGCCAAUGGAGCCAAUAGAUUUGCGUAAGGAUCGGUCAACGGAUCACGUAUUGCGCAUUGAUAACAUACACGAAUUCAAUGAUCCAUUUGUCGACUCUCGGGCGUCCGUUGGACUCUCCACAUUGGACUCUCAAGUGCUGCUCACCACACAGACAUUGACGUUAAUCAAGAAAAUGAAGGAGGAUAAGAUUACCAAAGAGCUAACUAGAGCCACGCCUGAAGUGAAAGACGAUCCCAAUGACGAUCAACAGGAGGACCCAAUGGACAAAUUGAUCAAUACACAGUUUUACGAGCAGAUGACGCAACCUCACCGUCUAAGUGAAGAGAGACAGAUGUACCGCAUAUUGAGCACCAUUGACAUUGUAAAUGAAGAAGAUUUUCGAGUGUUUCGUCAGAUACCGUCCAACCCACCAAGCCCCACAGUCGACAGCAUGGAGACUCAGACUCAUCAAGUAGAUCAAUUGAUUGGGGCACUUCAAGAAUUUGUAGCUGGCUACGAUGUUCAUGUAGAGGAGGAAUAUACCGAAUAUGAGGCAGAUGACGAGGGCAGUAUGUGGAAUGAUGCCUCUGGAGAGGAUGUUGAGGGGGGCACAGGGGACAUGGUGGGCACAGGGGACAUGGUGGGCACAGGGGACAUGGUGAGCGCAGGGGACAUGGCGAGCACAGGGGACAUGGUGGGCACAGGAGACAUUGGGGGCACAGAGGGCAUGGAGUAUCACGACAAUGUCACCUUCUCCAAAGACGAUGGCAUCGACCUCGAUAGUAACAAGGAUUACGACAAAAUCAAGGAUGACGAUAGUGUCGAGAAUAUCAAGAUUCCCGGAGAAAUGCCAAGUAGAGUCUCUCUUGCAAGCAUGAAAACUAUGGGAGCCAUUGAUGAUACAGAUUACGAGGACGUACUCGCAGAGGCAAACGACUCAGGUGGCAAGGGCGCUGAAAGGGGUUUGGUUAAUCUACCAGAUAUCGAUGCGCACGACUCGUUCCUUACAUCUCGCAAGGAGCCUGAAUCAAUUUUCCAAGGUAGGCUUGGCUCUGAUAUACAGACCGGUACGUAUAGUAAUUACGAAUUGGAGGUAGCCAGUAGGCCACCAUCGGUGUCUCAACCAGUCACUCAGACCAAACGUUCCUCAUUGCCGCAAGAAGAACGUGAUUAG